AUGCGCAUUAAUGGCGGAUUCUCCCAGUGGAGCCACUGGAGUCCCUGCAGCCAAAGCUGCGGAAGAGGAUUUAGACGACGCUUUCGAGAGUGCAACAAUCCUAGGCCGGUAAAUGGAGGAAAAUACUGUAGAGGAAAUCGUCAAGAAGUAAAAACAUGCAAGAGACGCAGAUGCGUAGGUUAGUAGGCUUAUCUGUUCAUCGGAUUGUUUCAAGAUCAGGGCGUAAGAAGCGAGGGCGUUGAAACGAGCGGGGUCGAGCGAUCUAGCUGUGAUGCAAGGGUCAGGGUACUACCACAGAGACAAAACAAGAUAGCGGACAUUAUACUGGACCGUUAGAGAGAUUAUCUAGCAAACAUCAGCCAUUAUCCCGUGGCAUUCAUUUGCUACAAGCAAUUGCGAAGGAACAAAUAAUUUUUUUCUCACGUUUGUUUUCUGUUUUGUUCAAUCUUCCGCGAACAAAUAUCUGUAUUGAAUAUAGUUCCACCUACGUGACUUGUAUUAAAAUUUCGUGACUUGGUGAGAAAAUGGCAUCACAACUCAGAUGAUAGCACUGACAUCAUUUUUAGACUAAUAUUAUCGGUUCCCUACUUCAGUUUAAUAUCAAGUCGUGUAAUCCAUCAUCUGCUAUGGCAUUUAUGCAUCAGUCAAUUCCACCUGCGCCCAGGUUAUGCCCAGGUUAUGAAGUGCAUGGAGUAUUCUAAAGUUUGAUUAAAUCUUAUUUUUGCCGCUCUCAAUCUAACAUUUAUUAAAGGUUGGAAUAUUUCUCCAGUGUUUCAUGCAGAUCGAGUAAUUAUCAGAUUACCUUGCGGUCAAGGUCAACUUUCCAGAAUUUGGAAAGUACAAUGUGAUUGGCUAAGCAUGGGAAAGGAAUGUUGUCUUCGGUUGAGCAGGCGUUUGUGAGGAGGGAUGAAAAACGAGCUCCCCUAAAGACACCUGCGUGGGAGGCUAUUGACAGAUGAGCCAAUCUGCUUUUUUUCCAGUAAAACCUUCUGUGUAGUUAUAUUCUGAUAGGAAACCGCAUGCGUGUCAAAAGCUUGGGAAUGGCCCCGAGGUUGGCAAACGCCCGGCCCCCGGGCAGUGCAAAAUUUACAAAUGCCCCACUCCCGCGACUGAAAAGACGGGCAAAUGCCCCGCGGUAGCCCGGGGGGGGGGGCCCUCUGGGCGCAGGUGGAAUUGACUGAUGCAUUAUUUUUUGCUGCCCAGUUUCAAGGCCAGAUGAUCUAUUUUCACUAUUAAACACUAUUAAAGUUUGGAUUUGUUGGUGUACAUGAGUAUUCUUCUCUAAACACCUUAUUGAGCUAUCUCCAAUAUUGAGCAUUACAGUUGGACAGAUUGUGAAAACUAAAGUCCGGGUAAAUUUAAAUAUAAUGAAAUCAUCAUUAUUUUUUAUUUUGUACACUAAUCACUAAUACUAUACUGUGCAAUGAAGAAUAAGUAUGUGAAAAAAGUAUAAUUCGCUGCCCUUGAAAAACUAAUAAAGAGGUCGCAAGAACACAAACAAGUAGCCCAGCAAAUAUUUUUGUUUGAUAAUAACAGCUUUUUGUAAUGAAAUGGUCACUGAAAACUACCCAUGCAAGACAUACUAAGGAACUUAAAACAAACUAAACAUUCAAUAGUCUUACAUAGAAACCAGACAUUGCUAUAUAUAUAUAUAUAUAUAUCUUACAGAUAGAACAUAAAACAUUUAUAUAACAUACAAAUUCAAAAGUAUAUUGCAAACAAGCAACCCUAGCACACUUGUAUACUUCAUGUCCAGUAUGGUUCAAUUUCAUUCUUGGUUAAGUUUAUCAACUGCAGCCAGGCUUAAUCAAACUUGAUUCAAAAAAUGCUUUCCUGUUUCCUUGUCUACAAUAUAUAAUAUUAAGAGAGAGGAUAUAAUGCUCGAAAUAUUAUACAGUAGUACAAUCAAAAGAUAAGGUAAGGCACCUCCAGGAAAUCGAGUUGGUCCCUACUAUUCUUCAGUCAUUUUCUUUUACUCUCUAUAAGAGUUACACCUGUCCAUUAAUAUAGACAUUUUGUGCCAGUCCCAAUAGUUUCCAUCUGAGAGCUGACUAUAGUUUGCGCAACACCACACUUAAGCCUCUGACGACAAAAAUACAAUGUUACACAGUCUUAAUUUAUUCUACUUGUAAUCAAAUUAAGACCUCUUCAUGUUCCUCUUCAUAUUCACGGUAUUAUGAACUCGUUUAUCUUUCAGUGUGUGUUCUAGCAGUCUUUUCAGGCCGGGCACUCACUGUUGUCCUGCUAAAUGUCACAAUAACAAACACAUUCUAUGAUUUAAUUUUACGGUGGAAUCUUUAUGGGGAUUUGAAAGCAAAUUUCUCCAUAGGCUUCAUUCUGUUUCUGUCCAAUAGAACCUUUAGAUUUUUACCGCAGUGAAGCAGAAUUUGUUGCUGUUUAUGUAAAGACUGUCACACGAGAUCAUUCGAAUGCAAUUUGCUAGCAGAACUUUAAAAAUAGUCAGAACCUUCUUGGAUCGCGGUUCUGUAACUAAAAAAAAAUUAUUUACUAUCUUAGUGUAUAUUAAAAAAAGAAAAAUCGCUAAAUUGGGCAACUUUACUAACAGGCUAAACGCCAACGUACAAAACAAAAACCUUACCAUCGCCAUUAUGAAGUCGUCAAUUCAGAAGUAAAAAACCUUAAAGGUUCAUAAAAGUUCACUCUAAAAAUUUGCAUGAACAAACAAAAUUUAUAAAACCAUUACAUAUUUUUUUGGUGGCCGUUUAUUAUCAUUUGGUUUUGACUGGCAAGAUAAAACGCGACCUUCAACCUGUAAUAUUCGAUAGGCUAUUUUGACAGUACAUAAACAUAAAAGGCGAAAAAAAACCUUAACUUAUAAGACUAACUAUAGAAUAUCACCUAAAUAUUUUCUAUAUAUCGCAUAGAAAUACGCCAACUAUCAAAUCUAAUUAUAGAUUGCAGCGAUCUAAAGAUAUAAAGCAAUAAAUCCGAACCUACCUCCAGCUAGACGGCGCCAUUUUUUUUGCCUUGACAGCGGAUCGAAAGCGGAAAGGCCAACUAGUUCCAAUCCUACUCCACAUCACAGCUGAACCAGAAAGCGCGUAAGAACGUUUCAACGCCCUAGCUUCUUACGCCCUGUUCAAGAUCGUGCAGCCUCUCUACGUCUCCUAAGUUUUAAGUAAAGAUAAAAUAAGCUAUACAAAACGGUAGGAUUCUGACCUUACUCAACGGGCAAACUGAAAGACAUACAACUGGGGGCCUGAUACAGUGUUCUGGUAAUUGGCAAGUGGGAUGAUAAUCACAAUUCUUCCAAUUCUUCCUUUCCCGAGAGAGUGAUGAUAUUGUCAUUUGAAGUUGUAUAAUCCGUCAGGUUGGUGUGGUCCGGAAGCUGACGUAAAACUCCAAGCAAUAAUUUUGCUUUCGUAGCAAGUUUGCUUACAAGAUUACAUCCCCCUACCUACACCCUUCCCCAACAAAAAAAGUGACUGACGAUCAUCCCUAUAAGUAAGCGACUCUAAAUGUUUUCUUUCUCUAAUGGCUUCGAUCCUGUCUCGAUUAGCCCUCCACUGGCUUAUUUCGGAUGGCCUUCAUUUUUAAAGUAGUAGCUAUUAAUUAUAUGUUGUUUAACCUGGCAAUAUCUUGAGUGUUAACAUAACUAUAUGCUUAUCAAUAUUUUGUCCCUAUUACUAAAAGGUUCCGCUUAACACAGAAAUUUUAUACUUGACACUGUAAAACUUACCAGGAAGGAGUUGUUCAUAAAUGUCAUUUGUAUGUUAGCUUGUGCAGAUGUUUGGGGCAGAGAUAUAUGUCAACCAUACUCCACAAAAGGAUACUGUUCUAUUCAAGCAUUUGGUCAAAAUUGUAAGAAAACAUGUGGUAGCUGUCAAGGUUCGUAAUCUUACCUUUCUUUGUACUUCUCACUUUUCAUUAAGUAAUAAAUGCAUUCUUUCUUUGACGGUAAAUUAAUUAGUACUAAAGUGCAUAAUAAGAUUGUUAUGAUGUAAUACAUUGUUAAUCACGUGACUCACCUUGUACGUGUUAGUGCUAACCUUUGUAUCGUUAUUAACGUCUCCGCCAUUAAAAACAAGUUACGUUUGUACCUCCAGAGUCCUUAUUUUUCCACCAAAACACAAUGACUACAAAUAUCGCAUUUUUCAUUGACAUUUGUACUAUCGGACGCCACCAUUAAUAUAUUUUAUCACAAUUACCUAUAAAUAGGUGCUCAAGGACCGGUAAUUAUUCGAGUAGCCUCCCUACGAAGACGUUCUUAGGGGCUCAUCACGCGUUAAGAGCCAAAAGAACGUCUGCGGCGGAGGCUAUUAUAUUCGAGUGCAGUAAGGAUGGGUCAGAAAUGGAAGAAGGCUAUUUUGACAGAAGAAAGAAGAAGAAAGUUUGCGCCCAAUUUUCUAAGUCUCCUCUUUAGUAAAUCUGGAGUUUUACAGUACCCAUUCUGUUCUAUUGGGGGAUACUUUCAAGUGAACCCCUCCCUACUUAGUUAUAUUGAUCUGAUUUCUAUAAACUAAAGGCUGUAGUGAAGCAAGAGGUUAUGAGCCUUAGCUCAUUCUCUCUUGACUGAAGGUAUCCAUGUUUUGGUGAUUAGUAGGGUCUUGGAGCAGAAUCUCCUGCUCAUGGCCAUGAUGAUCAUGACUACGACGGUGAUGACGGUACUUACGAUGAUAAAAAAAUGAUGUUUACUAUCACGUUAAUAAUGAUGAAUAAAGUUAAGACAAAUUUUCCUAAAUUUCUAUUUUGAAAAACUUCCGAAGAGCCUAUGAUGUAAAAUUGUGAAGACCACUUUUUAUUGGUUUUCUUUAUGGAAAGAAUUCAACCACUCAGAUCCACUGCAUUUGAAGAGUACAUUUUAAUAAUCUUAACAACUACUGCUCAGUUAAAUACUGUUGCAAUACUUACAUACACAUGUAUUUACAUCUGAAAAUCUCACAAGAGGAUGGCUUUGGCACAGAAAACGCAGGCUAGUCACGUAUGCAGACUAUGUGCUACAAAAAGAACCCCUUUUCCGCAAGCUAAAACUUCAAGUCUUCACAAGUAUUAGCUAUAACUAAGAGCCAUUUUAUCACGUUUUACAGCCAACAGAUAAAUAUAACAGAUAUAUUUGUUCUCAGGUAUCGUUGUUAACGGUGGAUACAGUAACUGGGGCCAUUGGUCGGCCUGCAGUCGGACAUGCGCAGGAGGGUUACAAAAUCGAUCUCGUUCCUGCACUAAUCCCAAACCAGCAAACGGAGGGAUGGACUGUACUAGACUGGGACCAGCUUCUGAGGAGAGAAGAUGUAACAGACAGAGGUGCCCAGGU